AUGAAAUGGGUUCAUUUAACUAUAUGGAUGUCUCUUAUUCUUCUCACAUUUGUAAAUCAAUGUCACACAAAGCAUGAUUCUGUUUUUACGGAAGAAGAAGAACCCGCAGAAGAAGAUGAGAAAGUUAGCUCUUUAAGUAAACUGGGAAUAUCAUCAGCUGAUAUCGAAGAUCCAGCGGAGAGAGCUGAUAACCCUCCACUACCUCAAAUAAUCACUCCCGGUGACGAGUACAUAUCAGAAGCCAAUAACAAAGUCUCUCCUGAAUUGAAAAAAGCAUAUGAAAAUGCUAUUUUGUACAUGGAACGUGGCCGAGGUCAUGGCGCCGAGGGCCGAAGAGCCGCAUAUAAGAUUUUGGAUCAAUUGAGUGAACAGGGUCACAAAGAUGCUCAGAAACUUAUGGCAUUCGCAUAUCUUUUUGGAGAUAGAGCACGAUGGUCAGUUGAUGGAGCCAGGAAGUUUUUCACUGAUUUGGCCGAAGAAGGAUCUCCUGAUGCUCAAUUAGGAUUGGCCUUUAUGCAUGCUACUGGUAUAGGAAUGGAAAAAUCUGACCAAGCCAGAGCCUUGAUUCACUAUACGUUCUCAGCUUUAGGAGGAAACCCUUUAGCCCAAAUGGCGAUGGGAUAUCGAUAUCAUUAUGGUGUUGGUGUUACUGCAAGUUGCGAGAGUGCUUUAACUUACUAUGAGAAAGUUGCCAAGAAAGUGGUUGAUGGAAUCAAAUUUUCGACUUCCUUAUCCGUCAACAGAAUACGACUGACUGACGAGAACGAGCCUACAUCAGGCACUAGUAGCAAUUAUCUGGAUCAAAACAUGCUAGAUUAUUAUAAAUUUUUGGCUGAAAAGGGUGAAAGCUCAGCUCAGGUAGGAUUGGGUCAGUUGUUCUUGAGUGGAGGACGUGGAGUCGAACAAAACUUCGAAUUGGCUUUCAAAUACUUCGCUGCUGCUGCUGAUAAUGGUCAUCCCAGCGCUUAUGCUCAUUUGGGAAAAAUGUAUUUGGAUGGAACUCCGUUCACUCCUCAAAACAACGCUUCAGCAUUUAACUUCUUCUUAAGAAGCGCUGAGAAGGAGAAUGCUGUUGGACAAGCUGGUCUUGGACUCAUGUAUUUACAAGGCAGAGGAACGAAGCAUAAUUUGGAAAAAGCUUAUAAGUUAUUCAACUACGCAGCAUUGAAAGAAAAUGGAGCUGAUGGACAGCUUUAUCUAGGAGAAAUGUAUUAUACUGGUAAUGGUGUCAAAAGGGAUUUUAAAACUGCUCUGAAAUAUUUUCAACUUGCUUCUCAAAAUGGGAAUGUAGUUGCUUAUUACAAUCUGGCUAGAAUGCACUCCACAGGAAUUGGUGUUCCUCGUUCAUGUUCUACCGCCGUGGAGUUGUACAAAAUAGUCUCGGAGCGUGGUAAAUGGAGUGAACGUUUGAUAGAAGCUUAUUCAGCUUAUAAACAUGGCCGCUCAGACGAAGCAGCAAUAAAGUAUCUAUUCAUGGCUGAGUUAGGAUAUGAACCUGCUCAGACUAACUUUGCCUACAUUUUGGAUAGAGGAGAAUCAAGUGCUUUAUUCAGUGGAGGAAAGCAAGAUCUUCUAGAACGUGCUAUAGUUCAGUGGCAACGUGCAGCUAAUCAAGAAUAUUGGAUGGCUAGAGUGAAGCUAGGAGAUUAUUAUUACUAUGGCUGGGGAACAGAAAAGGAUUACAACAUGGCUGCUCAGCAAUAUAAACAUGCUGCUGAUCGGCAUAUGGCUCCUCAAGCAAUGUUCAAUUUGGGCUAUAUGCACGAAAACGGAUUAGGGCUUAGUCGAGAUUUGCAUCUUGCUAAACGUUUUUAUGAUCAAGCUGCUGAUCACAGCGCUGAUGCAUUCUUGCCGGUCAUGUUAGCUUUAACAAAGCUUGGGCUUAUAUUUAUUUUAGACCAAUUGAACAAGCAUCCUCUCGUUCAAGCAAUCGAAGGAACCAUCGGACCCAACUGGGAUAUCGCCUUGAUGGUCAUAUCUGUAACUAUUCCCGUGGCGAUUGUAAUACAUUAUCUUUUGCGCCCACAGGAAAAUGUACAUUUUCAUGAAGACUAA